UUCCCCUCUUGGGCUUCCGUAGCUCGUAACCGUAGGAAGAAUGGCCGGCUGGAUAUGGCUUCGUUGUCUUUUUGGGCCCAAUCUUCAGCGAAUUCAUCGCCCUCCGGACCAGAACAGACCCGAGGCCAGAGCCGGGAGGAGGGGAUGGACAUACCAGCCCAAGAGCCUUGAGAAACACACCGACAGCAUCCUGGGCUGGGCCUCAGCGCUCUGGUCCCUGUCCUACUACAGCUCUCCACUGCUACUGUGCUACCUCUACAGGAAAGGAUACAUCUGCAGCUCUAAGCUGAUCCCGGUCAGUCAGUAUGUAGGCACAGUACUGGUGUGUCUGUUCGGAAUAGCCUGUCUGAGAGGUCUGGGUCGCUGGAGGAACCCGGACUACCUGCAAUUUAUCACCAUUCUGGAGGAGACCAGGAAAAGCCACACCCCCAGCAACAAGAAGAAACUGGCAUGCUACGACUUUGAUUUCGCUCACUGGCCCGCAGACUUCAGCUGGAGAGAAGUCAGCAGCCCGAAGCUGUCGAAAGCGGGGGUGUCUUUGCUGAAGCUGGAGCCCAGACACAGGGGGUCAGCGGACAGCGUCCUCAGCUCAGUGCGCACUCUGCCCUGCCACAUCGUCAGCUACCUGAUCGCUCACUCGUUUGGGAGGAGGAUGCUGUACCCUGGGUCGGUAGGCCUGCUACAGAAGGCCAUGAGGCCCAUGUUGCAGCAGGGGCAGGCCCGACUCGUCGAAGAGUUCGACGGACAAAGGAACAAACUGGUAGCGUGCGAUGGGAACGAGAUCGACACUAUGUUUGUGGACCGGAGGAGAGAUGGAGGGGAGAGAGGAAAGACACUGGUGAUUUGCUGCGAGGGGAAUGCAGGCUUUUAUGAGGUGGGCUGCAUGAACACACCAUUAGAAGGAGGAUACUCGGUGCUGGGCUGGAAUCACCCUGGAUUUGCAGGAAGCACAGGAGUGCCUUUCCCCCAGAACGAGGCCAAUGCUAUGGACGUGGUGAUUCAGUUUGCAGUUCACAAGCUAGGCUUCCAGCUUAGUGACAUCAUUGUAUACGCGUGGUCAAUAGGAGGAUUUACAGCCACCUGGGCAGUCAUGUCAUACCCGGAGAUCAGGGCUGUGGUGCUGGACGCGUCCUUCGACGACCUGCUGCCCCUGGCGCUGAAGGUCAUGCCUGACAGCUGGAGGCCUCUGGUAACGCACACAGUAAGGCAGUACAUGAACCUCAAUAAUGCGGAACAGCUCUGCAAGUACCAGGGCCCGGUGCUGCUGAUCAGAAGAACCAAAGAUGAGAUCAUCACCACCACGGGCCCAGAAGACAUCAUGUCCAACAGAGGCAACGACUUGCUGCUCAAACUGCUUCAGUUCAGAUAUCCCAAGGUUAUGACAGAGGAGGGUGUGAGGGCAGUUAGACAGUGGCUGGGGGCACAAAGCCAGUUGGAAGAGGCCUCAGUGUACAGCAGUUACGAGGUGGAGGAUGACUGGUGCACCUCAGUGCUACAGUCCUACCAGACAGACAGAGAGACAUCGUUCCCCUGGAGUGUCGGUGAAGACAUGACCCUGGAGGGAAGACGGCAGCUGGCUCUGUUUCUGGCACGGAAGUACAUGCGGAAUUUCGACACGACCCACUGCACUCCCCUCCCCAGCUCCGAGUUCCAGCCGCCCUGGAGACUGUAGCAGCCAGGCGGGAGAGGGGGCGGUACGAACGGGGCAGUACGGAGCGAGAGAGGAAUCCUGUUGCGAAGCACACGGGGGCAAGGAAUCAUGGGACGGCAGGACUGAGAGCGUAACGUGAAACGGACCAGGGCUGUCAGUCUGUUGUUGUUGUUAAAAGACGUGUGAAGGGCGGGUCGUGAGAAGUUUGUUCAGUUAGUUUGUCUGUGCAGGUUUUAUUCGUCAGGUUUGCUCCUUCUCUCGUCUUUCCGUCCUGCUGGCUGUAUUCUUAAAACCAUCACAUCAGCCUUAGAGAUCUUCACAGUUGGAAAGUGUGUCCAAGGACAUGCAGCUCUGGUCGUUAACGGCCACAGUGAAUGCUGUGCAUCAUUUGGAACAGUGACCCUGUCAGAGUGCCGUGCACGCCGUUGUAAUAUUUAUUCCCUUAUUGGCAUAGAAAUUUUCCAAAAUGCUGGAAAUUUAUCAUAAUGCAAGCUUGUUGCAGAUAAUGUCAAGUAGUCAUGCGAUGAAGAAAGUUGUGUACUGUGCACGGCCCUUUUGAACAGGAUUUGUUUCACUGGUCAACACCUCAUAUCAGACAAAGGGAUCAUACAAUUAACUAUCCGCUAGCAGCUGUUGGGCCUCUCAGACAUGGAGCUGCAGUGAUGGUUUCAGAAUGUGGUAAGUGAGUGGGGAGUGGCUUGGCAUAGCCGUGAUGGUUUUAGGAAUACAGUCCGUUAUCGCCCCUUUCUCUGGUUGUCUUUUUCACUUUUCCUUUAUUUUGUGGACACUGUCAUGAUGA